AUGCAGGCCUGGGCAGCACACCAUGAGCUUUCGGGAGACGAAGCCGGUCCUGACGUUGCGUUCAGUGAGACGAGAUGUGUCGCUAGCCCGGAUCUAGCCUCCAUCCUCUCCACCUUUCUGCAACGGCUAUGCCACGCCAUCGUCUUUCGAAUCAUCGCGUCGGCGGACACUCGCCCCUCGUUACGCCGCAGGAACAGUGGAGAGUGCCAAUGA